AUGGAACUCUUUAUUGUUAGUCUCGUUUUUAUGGCUGCUAUAUUCCUUACCAGGGAAACCUAUAUUAAAAAGGAAUUUAAUGAAAGAUACAAUCAAUUGGAACACCAUAAAGGUGCGGUGAUAGAUACCAGAUUGAAACCUUACAAGGAGCAGAUCGAAACAUUGAAUCUGCUAGCCGAAAAAAGCUCGUCAAUGCUAAAAUUGAAGAAUUCUGAAAUAUUGAAAUUGACAACGGAAUUACAAGCUAAAAAGGAUAAAAUUGAACAGCUAAAUAAUGUUAUUGUUCAAGGUUAUGGUAAAGUGGGUGUCGAAAAUGUGGAAGGACUUCAAGCACUUACUUCAGUCAUUGAUGAUUUGAAGGAAGCCAAUAAUGAUUCUAAAAUCAUGAAUAAUAAAUUAGCCUUUAAUUGCAUAUUGAAAAAACAGGAAAAUAAGACCUUGGUUCACGAUAUUCAGUUAUAUGUCGACGAGAACAAAAGAUUGGAGGAAAUUAUCAAGAAUCUUUUGGUGACAGUGAGCAGCACCAAAUCCCAAAUGGAAAGCAUUCAAAUGAUCAUGAAUUCUUUUGAAAAAGAGUGGCUAUAUCUCUUAGAAUCCUCGAAAAAUGAAAUAAACUUAUUAAAGAAGUCAAUAUUGAAGAGGCAUCUUGAAGUUUCAAAUAAAUUAUCAGAAGAGAAGUUAGUUAAUCAAACAAAAGCAUUUGUUGCUAAACAAUUACAAUUGAAUCAAGAGAUAGACAUGAAGAAUCAACAAUUAACAAAAUUAAAGGACUGUUUCUUCCAAAGUCUAAAGCAGAAAAACAAUGAGAUUAAGGACUUGCUUGGUGAUCAUGAAAAGAAUCAUAAACUAAAAUUGCCAUUGACAAAAUCCAAUAGCACCAGUCCUCAGUUUCAACCAUCAAUGUUUCACCCAUCUUACUCUCAAUUCAACGAAAAAUCCCAAAUUGAACGCCUUCAGCUGUCGUCAUCUAGAAGAACCAGUUCAACUUUGGUACCUAGCAUAAACUCAUCUAUCAGAGUAUAA